AUGCCACACAGCGCAUUGAAGAGUUGUCACAUAGUGGCAAUCGGGCAGUGGAAGACAGACUGGCCGCAACCGAAGGUGAAGAAGUGGGUCGAAGAAGCUGGUGGCAAAGUCACAGCUCAGGAAAAGCUCACCGACGAGACCACACACGUGGUCUUACUCGAGAAGACCUGGAGGGACCAAGGUAUCUUUGUCAAGAAGAUCCUCGCUGCUAAGGAAAAUGGUGACCGGGAGAUUCACAUCGUCAAUUUCGAUUGGCUCCAGGACAGUCUGCAAGCUCGUUCUAAGAGACGCGAGUCUCUCUACUCAUACGAGAGAAUGCAAAGGGAUCUCGACGUCGCUGCUCGAAAAGCGGACAAGGAGAAAGCGAAGAUCGAGAAAUCUCUGCAGCCUCGAAGCGGAGCUGGCCUGAUGGCUCAGGUCUACACCGAGAGCACUGAUCCAUUUGUGUCCGAGAUUGAGAAAAAGAGGUCCGAGAGAUACGCUAAUGAGAUGAUGCGGGUCCGCGAAGAAAAGAAGGCAGAAGAAAAGCUCAUCGCGGAAAAGACGCGCGAGCGCCAUGGUAUCAAAGAGCUAUCUGCUAUCUUUCGAAGGGGCGUCAGCAGAGCCAGGAACGAGCUCCUGUCCGAGAACCACCACGUCUACAUGGAUCAAAGCGGCUUCCACUAUGAUAUCGUUAUCACCAAGAUCGCCUUCAAGUCGAACCGUAACCAUCGUCACGUCCUCACUAUAUACGAGUCCAAUGAGUUACCAAACACCUACGCCUUCAACUGCCAGUACUCCGGCACCAAUGUCGAAGUACAGAACAACAUCAUCGCAACCCUUGGCAGCAACUGGCCAACAGCUUUUCGCGCUUUCAAGAAAGUCUUCAAGGAGAAGACUGGUGUGGAAUGGAAGGAUCGGAUCAAGGAUGCUCGCGAGCGCUUUGACCGUGAGAAGCGUGGAUUCGAUGAUGGCCGAGCGCCAGAGGCUGUGGACUUCGAGAAGGCGCCGUUCAUAUACCAUCCGCCUUUAUAUGGGUCACGAGGCGCGGACUUGGAAGAUCCAGCGCUGGAUGAGAGCCCUUCCGCAAAGCCCGCGAUGGUUGUGGAGGAACCGCCUCCAGGUUCGCGCGAGGCCAGCCCAGAGGUCAACGGCAACGGAGUUGUGACAUCGCCACGUGAACUCAGCCCAGGUGUCGACGGCACGGUUUUCAUGAGCGGUGCCAACGGAAAUGGGGCCGUGACACCACUACGAGAGAGUGCGCCUGCGGAGCCAUUAUCUGCAAACCCGAAUCACGAGAUUGCCGAGGACGACGCGUUCGAGAAGCUCAUUGCUGGCACCGAAGGUAUGCCAGAUGGUCUGGACUUCCUCGGAGACACAGCCUUUACUGAGCCAUUCGACUUUGAUGAGACCAAUUUCGAUGAGGCGAUGACGGACGGAAACGGAGCGGGCCAGGAAUUUGUCAACGAGACGCAGACACAGCCGAGCUCCCAGUUGCCCGACACACAAGACAUGAGCGAUACGCAGCCGAACUUCGAGAUGCCAGAGAUCCAGGAGUUUGAUAACACGCAGCAGGCUUCCCAGGUGCCAGAGGGCCAAAGCUUCGGCCAUACACAGGCUGCUGAGGAGGCUCACGCCUAUCUCAUGGCCUUCGUUGGCGAGGUCAAGCAAGAGCGGCCCUCCAGCUCUGAUCGCGAGCUCUUUGGCGAAGGAAAGCCAGAAGUUGAGCUUGGUGGCUCAGUCCUGGGAAAGCGAAAGAACGAUCCAGAGGUCACCGCAGAGGAGGAGGGAGUAUCGUCGAAGAAGCUCGCCAACGGCCAGUCUAAGGGUGACAAGGACGAGGAGUAUGUGCUGAGUCCAGAGCCGUCGACUGAGCCAAUUGCAGAUCCGAGGGUUGUGGAAGGCGAGCCGCAGAGCCAGAUCGACCAAGGUCCAGGAUCAGGAUACGUUGACUUUGGUCUCGAUGAUACCCAAGCAGUCUGA